AUGGAAAAAUAUCCUGGAGAAACUUCACGCCAAUCAUUAGAAGUAGACAUUUUAUGGGCCCGAAUUUGUGAAAAUCUUGACUCACUAGAAAGAAUCGAACAAGAAGGCAUAGAAUUAAUCAAUAUGUGUAAAACAAUUACCAAACUUAUCGAUAAAUAUCAUGCGUUGAAAUCUGAUAAAGAUUUUCGUACACAUUCAGAAGGUUUAAGUGCUGAGGAAAAUACUUAUAAAAAAAAGAAGAGUAAAGAUGUGGCUACAUUAAUAAAAAAGUCGAAAGGGUCACAUUCAAAGAGUCGUAGUAUUAUUAAAAAUGGAACAUAUGUUGCAGCAAAACAACCUAAACAUAAAGAUAUCGAAGAGAACUGGAUUUUGGCCAUAGUUGUAGGAUAUAUACCUGAUAUGAAAAGUUACGAAGUUGAAGAUGCAGAUAGAGAUGAGGCCUCAAACAGACCUGGAGAACGAUUUUCGGUACCGUCAAAAAACGUGUUAAUAAUUCCAAAACCUGGUGAAAUGUGGAUGCCAGAGUUUCCACAAUCUUCAACAGUUAUAGCAUUGUAUCCGGGUACAACGUGCUUUUAUAAAGCUGACGUAGUUCUUCCACCAAGUAAACUAUCAGUAUCUUUAAAAUAUUUACUUACUUUUGAAGACGAUGAUAAUGCCGAAAGGUACGUUGAUGCCCAUUAUGUUUUAGAUGUUCCUAAAGAAACAAAGUAA